AUGGAUAAUGCUCAUACGAAGACAGUGGAGGAGGUUUUGGGCUUCUUCGGCGUGAAUGAAUCUACAGGUCUGAGUUGUGAGCAGCUGAGGAAAAACAGAGACAAAUGGGGACCCAACGAACUACCAGCAGAGGAAGGGAAGUCGCUCUGGGAACUGGUCCUGGAACAGUUUGAAGAUCUGUUAGUUCGAAUCCUGCUGUUGGCGGCAUGCAUCUCUUUUACUUUGGCGUGGUUUGAAGAAGGGGAGGGGACCAUCACAGCCUUUGUUGAACCCUUCGUCAUCCUCCUCAUCCUCAUCGCUAACGCGAUUGUUGGAGUUUGGCAGGAGCGAAACGCAGAGAACGCCAUCGAGGCUUUAAAGGAGUACGAGCCUGAAAUGGGCAAAGUGUACCGGCAGGACAAGAAGAGCGUCCAGAGAGUCAAAGCUCGAGACAUUGUUCCUGGAGACAUUGUUGAAGUUGCUGUUGGUGAUAAGGUCCCAGCCGACAUCAGGCUGACAUCCAUCCGAUCCACCACCCUGAGGGUGGAUCAGUCCAUUCUGACGGGGGAGUCCGUGUCAGUCCUCAAACACACAGACCCUGUACCAGACCCCAGAGCUGUUAACCAGGACAAAAAGAACAUGCUGUUCUCAGGUACCAACAUUGCAGCCGGUCGGGCCAUUGGGGUCGUCGUAGCGACAGGGGUGCAGACGGAAAUCGGGAAAAUCCGAGAUGAGAUGGCCUCUACUGACCCCGAGCGGACCCCACUUCAACAGAAGCUCGACCAGUUUGGAGAGCAGCUAUCUAAGGCAGGAACCAGUCCUUUGAUUUGUGUGGCCGUGUGGGCCAUCAACGUGGGCCACUUCAACGACCCGGUCCACGGAGGCAGCUGGCUGAGAGGAGCCGUUUACUACUUCAAGAUUGCCGUGGCACUGGCUGUAGCUGCCAUACCAGAGGGACUCCCAGCUGUCAUCACUACCUGCCUGGCCCUGGGCACCAGGAGGAUGGCCAGGAAAAACGCCAUCGUUCGCAGCCUGCCGUCGGUGGAGACGCUGGGCUGCACCUCGGUCAUAUGCUCGGACAAAACGGGCACGCUCACCACAAACCAGAUGUCGGUGUGCAGGAUGUUUGUAGUGGAUAAUGUGUCAGGAGAUCACUGCACCAUGAACGAGUUCACAGUGACUGGAUCUACUUAUGCCCCUGAAGGGGAAGUCUACAAGGACGGCUCACUGGUGAAGUCCAGUCAGUAUGAAGGCCUGGUGGAGCUGGCCUCCAUCUGUGCGCUAUGCAAUGACUCAUCGCUGGACUACAAUGAGGGAAAGGGUGUGUAUGAGAAGGUUGGAGAGGCAACAGAGACCGCCCUCUGCUGUCUGGUGGAGAAAAUGAACGCGUUUGACACCGACCUGAGGGGCCUGAGCCCCGUAGAGAGAGCCACGGCCUGUUGUUCUGUGAUUAAGCAGCUAAUGAGGAAGGAGUUGACUCUUGAGUUCUCCCGAGACAGAAAGUCCAUGUCCGUCUUCUGUUCAUCCAACAAACUCACCAGGUCAAGCACUGGAGCGAAGAUGUUUAUCAAGGGAGCUCCAGAGAGCGUUUUGGAGCGCUGCAAUUAUAUCCGCGUCAGCGGCUCUGCCCGUGUGCCUUUGACCCCGAGUGUUCGAGAGCAGCUCCUGACCACCGUGCGGGAGUGGGGAUCAGGGCGAGACACACUCAGAUGUCUGGCCAUGGCCACUAGAGACAUGCCCCCUGACAUCCACAGCCUCAAUCUGGAGAACUCAGCUGCCUUUGCCAACUACGAGUCGGACCUGACCUUUGUGGGCUGCGUGGGGAUGCUGGACCCCCCAAGGAAAGAGGUUCUUGGUGCAGUUCGGAUGUGUCGCCAGGCUGGCAUACGAGUCAUUAUGAUCACAGGGGACAACAAAGGGACGGCUCUGUCCAUCUGCCGAAGGGUGGGCAUCAUCACCGAGCAGGAGGAGCAGCAGGAGGGCGCCGGGGUCAGCGGCGGGCUCACGGGCCGGGAGUUCGACGAGCUGCCGCCUCACCUGCAGCGCCAGGCCUGCCGGACGGUGCGCUGCUUCGCCCGCGUGGAGCCGGCCCACAAGAGCCGCAUAGUGGAAUAUCUCCAGAGUCUGAGCGACAUCACUGCCAUG